GGCAGAAGAGUCCGAGUGGGGACAGGAGGGAGCCCGGAGGAGCCCACUUGAGUAGUGUUGUUGUUGUUGUUGUUUAUGUUGUUGAGGAAUAUAUCAGUUUCACACGCUGCAGCCUCGGGGCUUGAAACACCGCAGUUUCCGCUCCGGGUCUGACCGAGAGGAGUGACCGCUUCAGGACGGGUUUUUUUUUUUCUCACACGCCGAGAAGUUUUGACCGCGGAGUUUCCAGAGUAGUUUUCGGGUGGGCUGACUGAGCUAGCCUGCCCGCUCUUGCCCCGGUCAGCCAGCCAGAAGUUAGCCCGCUGCCCUGGUCGUCUCCUCCUUCUUCUUCUUCUUUCUCAUCCAGCUGUGCGGUGGUGGUGCUGGUGCUGGUGCUGGUGAAUCAUGGCGCUCAGAGCCAGAGCGCUGUACGACUUCAACUCUGAGAACCCGGGAGAGGUGUCGGUGAAGGAAAACGAGAUCCUCACGUUGUACAGCGAGCAGGACAUUGACGGCUGGUUCGAGGGGACGAACAGCCGAGGGGAGCGCGGACUGUUCCCCGCGUCCUACGUGGAGAUCCUGAGGAGCGACGCCGCCUCCACGUUCAACAACAACAGCAGCAGCAGCACAUCUGGGGACACAUACCCGGGCUCCCGAUACGCCAACGUGCCAUCCGGAGGUUUCGACAGCUCUUAUAAGCCUCAGAGUAAAGUUGAGAACUUUUCCAAACCGCCUGCUUUCACCUCUUUCACACAGCAGCAGCCUCAGCAGCAGCAGCAGCAGACCUACCAGCAGCCCAGUCAAGGGAGCGACGAUGACUGGGAUGAUGACUGGGAUGACAGCUCUACUGUUGCAGACGAACCAGGGACCGUUGGAGGAAGGUAUCACGACUAUGAAGGCAAUGGGCCAUCCACUUACAGAGUGUCAACGUCCUCAAUGGCAAGAGGUAAUGCACAGCAGGCGAAGAGCUCUGCCACGGUCAGUAGAAACCUGAACAGGUUCUCCACCUUUGUGAAGUCAGGGGGAGAGGCGUUUGUGCUCGGGGAGGCAUCCGGUUUUGUGAAGGACGGGGAUAAGAUCUGCGUGGUGAUGGGACAGUACGGCCCUGAGUGGCAGGAGAACCCAUACCCGUUCUCUUGCACAAUCGACGACCCCACUAAACAGACCAAGUUCAAGGGCAUGAAAAGCUAUAUCGCCUACAAGCUGACACCCACCCACACUCAGACCCAGGUGAACAGGAGGUAUAAGCACUUCGACUGGCUGUACGCUCGGCUCGUGGAGAAAUUCCCCGUCAUAUCAGUCCCACACAUCCCGGAGAAGCAGGCCACGGGGCGCUUCGAGGAGGACUUCAUCUCCAAGAGGAGGAAAGGCCUCAUAUGGUGGAUGAACCACAUGACCAGCCACCCUGUCCUGGCCAGGUGCGACGUGUUCCAGCACUUCCUCACCUGCAACAGCACCGACGAGAAGGCCUGGAAGCAGGGCAAGAGGAAGGCGGAGAAGGACGAGAUGGUUGGAGCCAACUUUUUCCUCACAAUCAGCACCCCGGCAGCUCCGCUCGACUUCCAGGAGGUGGAGAGCAAAAUAGAUGGAUUCAAGACGUUCACCAAGAGGAUGGACGACAGCACCUUGCAGCUCAACGCCACUGUCAACGAGUUCGCCCGCAAGCAGAUCACUGGCUUUAAGAAGGAGUAUCAGAAAGUGGGGAUGUCAUUCAAGGUCCUCAGCCAGGCCUUCGAGAUGGACCAGCAGACGUACUCUGCUGGACUAAACCAGGCCAUCUCCUUCACCGGGGACGCGUAUGAAGCCAUUGGAGAGUAUUUUGCUGAGCAGCCCAGCAAGGAUCUGGACCCGAUCAUGGAUUUGUUAUGUCUUUACCAAGGACACCUGGCAAAUUACCCAGAUAUCAUCCAUGUCCAGAAAGGAGCCCUGACGAAGGUGAAAGAGAGCCAGAAGCACGUGGAGGAGGGCAAGAUGGACCGGGCGCAGGCGGAGGGCAUCGACGAGCGCUGCAACAUCAUCUCCUGCGCCACGCUGGCCGAGAUCCAGCACUUCCACCAGAUCCGUGUGCGAGACUUCAAGGCGCAGAUGCAGCACUACCUGCAGCAGCAGAUCACCUUCUUCCAGAAGAUCACAGGCAAGCUCGAGGAGGCUCUGCAGAAGUACGACAACGCGUAGCGCGCCGCUCGCCUCGGCCCGUCGGUUUAGACCCUGGUGAUCCGUGACCAUGCGCCUCCCUCGGCCAGCCAGUGGAAUUCGGCAACCAGCCACACACACGCUGCUGAAGGCUGCUCAUCCGGCAGGGAGGGACAUUGAAGGAGAUUACGCUCCAGUAAUAAUGACAAAUCCAGGUUCCUGUGUGUGUUGGCCACAUUUUUUUGGGGGGGGGGACUCAAUGAAUUGAGGAGAGGACAAGUAAUCUAAUGAAGUUUAGGCCAACGUGAAACACAAACAAACAGUCUUUUGCCUUUAAGAUUUGAUGAGAAUAAUCAGCGAUGAUGAUGGUGGACCACCUGAUCCGGGUGCCUGGGUGAAUUCAAUCUAAUCAAAUGUAAUGACCUGCAGAGAGAGAACCUUGUAUCUGCUGCUGCCUACACGUCCCUGUGCAAGAUUUCAUAUAUCAAGUGUUUUUAGCCUUACAACUCAGUUUUUUAACGACUGCCACCCCAGUGGCUCACACACUGCCUUCUGGAAACACUCAAGCCCUUCCCGGCAUCUCUCUUUCUUGGACUAACAGGACAAAAUGUUUACAGUCUCCUCGCUGAGCAGCCGCUGUCACCACUGUCUCGCUGUGCCUUCUGAUUACAUCUCUCUGGUCGGUUUUUGUUACUAGUUACUAAAAAGCUUUAUAUACUGUAUAUGUAGAAAUAUAUUGUAUUUGUUUUUAAAAUCCUACCAGUUUUGCAGUCUUUAAAAAACAAAAGGGACACUGUGCUGAGCCAGGGCAGUGUCUUAAACAGGAGAUAAUAUUGUUUGAUUGUGCCGUUUCCACCCAGGUUUAAUUUUCAGCACUCACAGUGUGGCAAAAAUCAGGAUCAAGAGAGGAUUACCUGCUUUGACAAUAGGAGCCCACGCCUUACACACGGCACAGCCAGCACUGGUGCUGAUUUAAGCUUGCAGAAUUUAAGGGAUGACUGCUUGCUACGCCGGAUACCUGAAUUUGUGCUGACGAAACGUUGGUUUUCUGGCUUAGUUUUUUGGGGUAGUUGGUACAGGGUUCCUCAUCUGUUUUAAUAAUGCAGUCAUUUUGAUAGCACACAUCAGCUGUGCUGCUGUUUGUAACCUUUAUGAUGCCGGCUGCAUCAUGAAGAGAUUAACAUAGAAGCAGAGACACAAAAAUAAAUUCCUCCUUCACAGAAA